ACAGGAAUUCAAGAGGGGCAGAAUAAAGGUGGAGAGUCCAAAUGUGGUCUCGUAUAUCCCAAGAACGCAAGAGGUCACCAAUUGGAUGCUUACUAAGCGAUCGGACUUCAUAGAACUGGCGGGAGUUAUAUACCAUACAGAAUUUAAGCCAUGGAUGACUCGUGCGGAACUUAGGGAUUGGAGGAAGCUGGUGGAUCAGGACACGUUUUGGGUAGUAGCUGUCGGAGUCCCUCUUGAUGAGAUGGUGUUUAUUCAUGUUCACGUUGAGAGAGCCAUCAGCAAAAUCGUGAAGCGUCACCUUCCUGAAGCGGAUGAGUCUGAUCCUAAACUGGUGAACUUACGCUUCGACAUCGAGCCAUCCAACAGAGACUGCAUGAAGUAUAAGAUUUGGAUUCAAACACAUCAAGGGGACGUGCUGGAAGUCAGGCUGGCAAACGCCGACACGGAGUGGUGCGGGAGAUGCCCAGUCAUGGACCAGAGGCCCGGAGAAGCAGACGAGGCCUAUCAGGCCCGCAUGCUGGCCUGGAGUACCGAGACAAAGAAACAGGCAGAUGACGCUGUCGCAGCAGCAAAGAAGAAGGCAGAGGAUGCCGAGCAGGCACGUCUGCUGGCAAUUGAACAACAGCGCCAGCAUGACGAGGCAGGAGCAAGGGCUGCCGAUGAAGAAAGACACCAAUACGCAGGUCUGCCCAUUGAAAGGCAAGGGCAAACAGGGAAACUGAGCACCACCGAGACUGACUCGACGACACUCUCGACGCCUUCGGAACCGGUUUCUUCGCGAGUAAUCGGCCUUCAUUCCGAGGCGCACGCGGAAGUCGAUAGUCCUUUUCUUCUACUUUCUUUCGAGGACUAUGCUGCCCGGCUCGUUCCUACGGUGGGUACUCAAGCUCAAGGGCAAGAAGUGUGUGCGGUUUCUUCUCCGUCCGACAAUGGCGACAUAUCGUCUUCAAGUGGUUCUUCACGGGAUUUGGCACGCGAGUUCAACAUAGAGGCAUUGGACUCGCUCACGUCCGAGGACUUUGCAUGGCUUCCUCUCCCGACCACAGGCCGCUUGCCGGGACCGCAAUGCGCAACACUUAGCGGUCAUCUCCACACUUACUUAUCCUUCUAUGCACCACCAACUUCGCCGACGGAUGACGAAGUCGCGGUGGGGGACAUCCUGGCAUAUACUACCAAGGUGGACUGCGAGUUUCGCACGCAGCGGUACGAUGACAACAACGCACCGCUCAUAUAUAUCCGCAUUCAGGUUGGGCAAGCGUCCUGCAGCGCUUUGCUGGAUAACGGCGCGUCUCGUAAUUUCAUGAGCCAAUCCUUUAUGCAAAGGGCUGGCCUUGGCGCACAAGUUCAGAGGAAGGCAAACCCGACGGCGAUCAAGUUGGCGGAUGGAAAGACACAACAACUUCUCGACCGUUACAUCGAGGCCGUACCGGUCUACUUCGCACCUCAUGCAUGCGAACCGGUAACAUUCGAUAUUCUCGAUAUGGACUUCGACAUAAUUCUGGGAAUGCCUUGGCUUGCAAGUGCGGAUCACACGAUCAACUUCCACCGGCGGACUCUUAGCAUUCGCGACGCCUUCGACGCGGAAGUGGCAUGUACUAUUCCUCUACCGCACCCUUCGAUCCGGUGCCAAGUGGUGACGGCCAAAUCAUUCCGGGUGACUUGUACAUACGAGCGGCCCGAGGAGAUCGGCCUAUGUUUCCUACGGACCGUCGUGGUAGCCGAGUCGUCACCCACGGACUUGCCUUCGGACCCCCGUGUGGUGCGGUUGCUGGACGAGUUCGCCGACAUCUUCGAGUCAUCUACCGGUGUGGUGUCGGAUCGGCCGAUCUCUCACGAGAUCAUUCUUGAGGCCGGUGCCGUGCCGCCGAAAGGUUGCAUCUAUCGGAUGAGCGAGGAGGAGCUUGAGGUCCUCCGCGCACAACUCAACGAUUUGUUGGCCAAGGGCUGGAUCCGCCCGAGAAGCUCCCCAUAUGGAGCACCAGUCAUCCAAGAGUGGUCGGAGCCUCGGAACGUCACGGAUGUCCGCUCGUUCCUCGGUCUUGCCGGCUACUAUCAGUGCUUCAUCAAAGGCUACUCGAAGAUCGCGGCCCACUUGAACAAGCUUCAAUGCGAGGAUCGGCCGUUUGACUUCGGAGAGGAGGCGCGGGGAUCAUUCUUCACUCUCAAAGCCGCGCUAUUGUCGGCGGAGGUCUUGCGGAUAUACGACCCGCUCUUGCCUACGCACGUCACUACGGAUGCGUCAGGCUAUGACAUUGGUGCAGUCCUCGAGCAACAUGAUGGUGUGGACUGGCACCGGGUCGAGUACUUCAGCAAGAAAGUGUCCAUCGUGCAUUUCAUUGAUGAUGCACGCAAGAAGGAGCUCCUCGCCUUUGUCCACGCGCUCAAGCAGUGGCGACACUUCCUCCUUGGUCGAAGCCAAUUUCGCUGGGUAAUAGACAACAAUCCGUUGGUCUUUUACAAGACCCAAGACACCCUCAACAGCACCAUCGCUCGAUGGAUGGCUUUCGUCGACCAGUUCAACUUCUUUCCCGAUCACAUUCCCGGGAAGUCGAACCAUUUUGCGGAUGCUCUUUCACGGCGUCCAAAUCAUUGUACUGCGGUCUACUCAACCUUCAAGAUCGACGAUGACCUGCGGAACAGCUUCAUCCGCGGCUACCAAGCCGACCCCGAGUUUCGCGACAAGUACGCGAAUUGCUCCUUUCCUAAUCCGGCUCCUUCUCACUACCGGAUCCAAUAGGGGUACUUGCUUGUCCACACGUGGGGGAAGGACCUUCUUUGCGUACCGAGUGACCCUCACUUGCGUACACGGCUUCUUGGCGAGUUCCACGAUGCUCCCGCCAUCGGACACUUUGGAGUCAAUCGCACGAUUGGCCGACUUCGCUAGGGAUUUUGGUGGUCCGGCCUUCUCGGCGACGUCACGCGCUAUUGCGAGUCAUGCGAGGUUUGCUGACGUUGCAAAUCCCGCAACCAUCGUUCGUACGGCGAGUUACGACCAUUGCCAGUCCCGUUGAGGCGAAGGGAAGCGAUUGCCAUGGACAUUACCGAACCGUUCCCCAAGCACAAGACCGGAGUGGAUGACUGACUCACCAAGUUCGCCAUGUUUUUUCCUUGUCGCUAUCAUGCCAAGGCACCGGAGUUGCCCGAGGUUCUUUACACCGGUUGGAUUCGAAUAAAGGGUUACCCCAAGG